UAUUGAUAAUUACAUUCAGAUUAAGACAAAGAAUAAAUUUAAUUAAGCAAGAAGAAUAAAAAAUCAAUACACUUGAUCAUGCGUGAUGCUUUCUUGAUAUUAUUUUUGGCAAGUGUUGCAUUUGUGGCAGUAAGCUCAUCCAGCUACUAUGGCAAGAAAGCAUUAAUAUCGUACAACUAUCCUGAUUAUGUUGUUGCUUGGGAUGGACCGUCUGUGUAUAUAAAGGAUGACGAUAAUACUUACUAUUUUCGCAUUGUAAAAGGUUUAAAUGAAAAACAUCACACAAUCUCCUUCCAAUCACUUUACGACUCCAAUUACUAUAUCAGACACAAAUCUCUCGUCGUUAAUGUUGAAAAGGAUGACAGUUCACAUAAAUUUAAAGAAGAUGCAUCAUUUAAUCUCAAGGUGGAUAAAUUUUUCAACGGAUUUGCUGCAUUUGAAUCAAGUAAUUUUCCAGGCUAUUAUCUUCGUCAUCAGGGUUAUCAAAUCAAGUUACAUCAGAUAGAUGGAAGCGAUCUUUUUAAAAAGGAUGCAAGCUUUUAUGUUUCAACCCCUCUCUCAUCUGUCACUUGUGAUUUCUAUGAAACCAUAAUGUGUGAGCCCAAUCUUCAGAUUAAAAUCAACAGUGCAGAUAUUGGGUGGCAAAAUGCAUCAGUGUGUUCAGUGCCUUCAACUACAAAAUGCCCUCUAAAGUCAGUGUUGACAGAUGCUAUAGAAAUAUGUGAAGGGGAGACUUUCUGCAAGAUAUCAACAGCAAACUAUUACCCCAAUCGAGAAUGCAGGGGAAUUAGAAAGUAUAUGCAGGUUCAUUAUCAAUGUGUUCCUCACUCUAUUGUGAAAAAGAAAGAGACAAAGAAGAAAGCUUCCAGUUACAAAAAAUGGUUGGCCAUUCCUGCUUUCUUUCUUGCCGUUAUCUUCUUUUUGUGUAAAGAUAGAAAUAACAGGACGUGUAUAAAAAACAGAAUAAAAAAUAUAUUCAAACGAGAAAGUAAUCAAACGGCCAACCAUAGUUGUCCUUUGCAACGUGGCAGACUAUUCCAGCGUUGUGAGACGAGACAGGAUAACAAUACUGAAAUAUCAACCAUUCCAAAGCAAGCACCAGCUGUUUUGCCAAGACAUCCUGAAAUGCCAUCAGCGUUAUCUUCACAUGAUGACCCUCCGCCAUCUUAUCAAAAAACCUUGCACAUACUUCCUCCUCCAACAUAUGAAGAAGCAAUUACUGACGGAGUAGCUGUUCAGCCAACAUAUCUACCAUACCCAUUGACCAAUAAUCAGCAAACUGUGAACUAUUCCGAGACCGUACCGCCAAUAAACUAUCCUGAAACAGGUGCAAAUGGUGGAUAUAAUAAUGUUGGUUACAAUAACUGUUCGUAGUUGUUCCACAUGUUCAUGAUGAUGGUGAUAGGUCUGGCUUCUUACACAUGGUGCUACUAAGGACGAAUGUCAUAGUCCUAUUUUUUUAUUUUCAUUGCACCGUCAAAACGUUUUUUAAAAGCCUCAGUCUUAAUGAUGGUCAAUUUUUUAUAUUGUUAUUCACUGUUUGUUUAAAAAAGCACUGUCUGAAAAUUAAAGCAGAAAAAAUGUGUUCUAGUAUUUAUUAUACAAUAGGUUAUUGUAGGAACUGUUUUUAAUGUUUUUGAAUAGAUUAUGUUUAUUUUGCUGAAAAAAUCUAGAAAUAUAAAUAACGUUUUGUGAAUACUGUUCCUGGCAGCAGCAUGAGGAGUAUAACUGCGCUGAGAAUUUCCUAUAGUCGAUCAUGUUAAGAUAUAUACAAAAUCUAGUUUUUGCGUGAUUAAACUAACCCCCUUAAAAUUUUUGUAUUGUUCAUGGGCAUUUAAGGAAACUAAGACCUAAAAAAGACAAGAUCCAAAUAAAACCCAAAGAGAAGAUUGCUGUUGAAUCCAGUUGGGUUUUGGUUAGCUCAUAUGCUGUAUUUAUGUGUUAUCCAUUUUAUAUGCACUAUUAUUACAAAAAAGCGUUUGUAAGUGUAUUUAUUUGUAUUAAAUUAUUUUGUAUUGGUAGUAUUUAUCUGAUUAGACUGUCUUUAAAAUAAGUUUUGUUUGCCGUAACCCAUUUAACCCGAAGGAUAAUUUUCUGGGCCUAAAAAUUAUACAUCAUUAAAAUGGGGAAAUUCUGACUCCCAAGUUAUGAAUCCCAUGGGCAGAAUCGGGCAAUAAUCUAGGUUUUUUAAGCAGAACACAUUAUUUUCUAAUAAUAGCAUCCAAUACGAAUCGAUGUUGGCAUAGUAUACUUUGCUGAUUUUAUUAUGAUAAUAGCAUCACAUAAGGGUACUGAAAACAGGUUACUUUUAUUGACCCCGCCCUUUUUAUGCUUGGAAAAUUUUAUUUUUUUGUUUCUAAGAUGACCAAAAAGUUUUUGGUCAACCGACUGACCUUAAUUCUUUUUUAUAACUCAGCAAACCAAAAAUUACUUAAUGACAGCCUAAUGUAUAAUAAUUUAAUAUUUUAAUGUUUUUAAUACUGUGAAUUUGGCUUUAAAAUAUUGUAAUUACAGACAUUACCGUGAAUCUUUUUAUUGUUUUGUAUUGUUGAUAUUUUUAAAAAUAAAUAUAUAUGUUUAUGGUUAAACCUAAGAAUAAAGUAAGAAAUAAUAAUCAGAAAAAAUAUUGACAAAUUGCAGGAUUUAAACUGACAUUAUGAUACAAACAGUAAGAAAAAGAUUCACCAACUCGUUGUAAAAUAUUUGUGGUAGCAACUUCUAUUUGGUUUGUAUAUAAUAGAAUCA